AUGUCUCAGACGACUGACAACCUUCCCAUUGUUCCCUUGCUCAUCGGCGGCGUGGAAACCGCUGGAUCACAAAGCGAGAUUUUCCCUGUCUAUAGCUACGCCCAAAAUAAAAACGUGUACCACGCCGAGUCUGCCAACGUUGAAAUUGCCAAAGCUGCUGUUGAUGCCGCGGCCGUUGCGUUUAAGACUUGGAAAAAUACUUCUGCGAGGCAUCGACGGGAAAUCCUGUUGAGAUACGCGGAUUUACUUCAAAGUCAUGCAGACGAGCUGGUUGCUAUACAAAUUGCAGAGACCAGUGCCGCCGCAUUAUGGGCGAAGAAAAAUGUGCAGCUAGCGAUUGGCUUAAUCCAGGAAACCGCUGCCUGUAUAACCUCAUUGAAGGGUGAGAUACCGCAGAGCGAGUCAUCUGAUGUCUUGCCGCUUGCUUUCACGGUGCCGAUUGGUCCGGUAUUAGUCAUUGCCCCCUGGAACUCACCCAUUAUUUUGGGUGCGAGAAACAUUGCGACCGCUGUGGCAGCUGGAUGUUCUGUGGUGUUCAAAGCCUCGGAGAACUGUCCCAAGCUGCAUCAUAUGCUAGUAAAAAUCUUUGAAGAGGCGGGUCUUCCCAAAGGUGUUGUGAAUGUGAUCCAGGUGAACAGAGAGAAGGCUGCUGAGGUGACCGAGGCUGUUAUUGCGCACCCCGCUAUUCGCAAGGUCGAGUUUGUUGGGAGUGCAACAGUCGGACGGAUGAUUGGCCAGGUCUGCGCGAAGCAUCUUAAGCCAAUAUUGAUGGAGCUUGGUGGAAAGGGGCCCGCCAUUGUCCUUGAUGAUGCGGAUCUAUCUGUUGCUGCCAAACGUUGUGUUGCUGGAGCUUUCCUUCAUCAUGGACAGCUUUGUUUCUCGACAGAACGAAUUAUCGUCCUUGAAAGCGUUGCUGCGGAAUUUCAACAGCAUUUAAUCAAAGAAGCAGAGAACUUCACCGUCACCGAUGGUGUCAGCCCCCGAAUCGUGGAAGCAUGCCAAGAAAAGCUCCUCGACGCAAAGCAAAAGGGAGCGACAUUCAUCGUGGGCAAGCCAGAGAUGAUGGACGCUACGAAGCUGCACCCGACAAUCUUGCUGGGCCUCACGAAAGACAUGCUUCUCUGGAAUGAAGAAUCAUUUGGUCCUUCUGCUGCGUUAUUCAUUGCUCGUGAUGAUCAACAUGCGAUCGAAUUGGCCAAUGAUAGCAAGUUUGGCUUGAACGCUGCCAUACAUACGAAGGACUUUAACCGAGCUUGGCUAAUGACACGGGAACUUGAUUUUGGUCAAGUUCAUACCAAUAAUAUGACACCACAUGAUGAACCUACCUUCCCAAUUGGAGGUGUGAAAGGUAGCGGAUGGGGACGCAAUAAUGCCAUUUUUGGUCUUCGAGAGUUUUCUGAGACUAGAUUGAUGACGUGGAGUCUCGAGGGAAGCAAGUUUGUUUGA